GUGCGUCAUCACUAGUUUUCCAGUACACAGAUCCCAAUCCCCUCCUCCUCACCCUCACUCCGGCAGACAGAUCCCAACUCCACCGCCACCGCCACCGCGUCCGCUUGCCGCCGGCGGCCGCACAGCUAGAGGGAGGGCUGCCGGGCGCGGUGAGGUCAGCCUGAUCGGGCUGGUGAACCGGAUCCAGUAGGCGUGCACCGUGCUCGGCGACCACGGCGGCGGCGCCGGGGCGUCGCUCUGGGAGGCCCUCCCCUCCGUUGCCGUCGUCGGAGGCCAGAAUUCUGGGAAGUCGUCCGUGCUCGAGAGCAUUGUCGGUAGGGACUUCCUGCCCCGUGGAUCUGGGAUGAGGAGGCCUCUGGUGCUGCAGCUGCACAAGACGAAGGGCGGCCAGGAGUACGCCGAGUUCCUCCACGCCCCGCGGAAGCGCUUCUCCGACUUCCGUGGACCACCCUGUUUAGAUUCCUAGAUCCACCACCGCCUUCAGUCAGCUCGCCAGUUUAGAUCUCCACUACGUGCUCAUAGCUUCCGCUCCGCAAGCUCGCGCUUCAGCAGAGAUGCAGAGGCCGGUGGAUUUCAAGCUCCCCCACUUUUUCAACUACCCGCCCUACUUUACUUUGCAGCCUGUGAGAGAAACACGUGAAAAGCAAGUGCAGCUAUGGAAAGAGCUGAUACUUGAUUACUGUAGAAGUCAAAAGAUGUAUAUAAUCUCCCUGGAAGAAGAUUUUCCGUUGUUCUCCAAUCCAAAGAUUGAGAGAUCUCUAAGCUAUGAAGCAAAGGAGGCGUUCCUUGCAGCUCUUGUUAGUGAAGGUCGCGCAGAGUGGGUUGACAAAAGUCACAAGAAGUGUCUCAUUCUUUGGCUGCGGAUUCAAGAUUGGGCUAACUACAUAGUAGACUUUGUAAAGGAAAAUGGGUUGGAAGUGACAACAAUUGAGGAUAUACGCUCUGGAAUUGAAACGCAUGGGACUGAGAUGUCGUCGUAUGUUGUGUACAAGGACGAGGUUUCCGGAGUGUACGACGACUGGGAGGAGUGUCAGAGACAGGUUCAUCAUUUCAGCGGUAACAAUUACAAAGGAUACACCACUAGGGCGGAGGCUAAAGCUAGAUACGCGCGCUAUCUAGCGGGAGAGAGGAGGGAGCGGAGGAGGAAUCAUAUGAAGAUCAGUUUCAUCGCGAUGAUGCUCUAUGUGAUGGUAGUUUAGAUAUCGACUUGUAAUGUGAAGACAAACUCGCUACUCGCGGUCUCGAGACUUGUAAUGUUUUAAGUUUGUUCGGUACUUUGAAUUUGAAGAAUAAUACGAUGAAUCGUAUUCGGAGACUAA